CCUGAACACAACCACUUCCGUAAACGUCACUCUGGCGGGAAGUAGUAGCUGCUUCGUAAGGCACUGCACAAGCAACAUUUUAAACAGAUAUUUUGCCUUUAAACAGGCACAAAUCCCAGACUGAAGUGUCGUGGAUACAGAAGUAUCGUAUGUGUAGCGACUGCUGAUAUGUCUACUUCCUCUGUGUCAAAGGGCUGUUUUGUUUUUAAGCCAAGCGCUAAGAAGAAAAAGACGCUCAGUUUGGAGGAUCACUUCACCCAAGGCUGUGAAAGUGCUGAGAACAGUGAAAAGCGAUUCAAGCUUUGUCAAGAUCUAUGGGACAAACUUAAAUCGGACACAGAGGUUUUACAGGAUGACCUCAACAGGAAAAUCUUGGACAGUUUGCUGGACUUCACCAGGAAGUGCUCCUCCACUCGCCAGCUCAGCGACUGGGCAUCACAGAUGAGGGCGAGCGAGAUUCCCACAGCGGCUCUUGUGCUCGGUGUGAAUGUCCCAGACCAUGACAUGACCUUCCAGAGUUUGUCUGAACUGCUCCAGCAGUCUGUCACCCCUCAUGUGGCCUCUGUACAAGCCAAAGAGUGUGGAGCAUUGAAGCAUUUGAUGAAGAGGGUCUUGGAGAGGUUGAUGGACACUGUUGUGACUGUAGAUGAUGAGGAAGAGGAGGAGGCGGAGCAGACCAGCGCUCAGCUCCACAAGAGCGUGCACUGCUCCCUCAGUACGCUCUGUGAUUGGUACAAUUCAAAAACAAAGAAAUCCAGCACUCCUGGAAAAAAGCGAAGCUCUCCCUCCAGAGAUGAUCCACAGCAGCCUCCUGUUGUAAUUAUUUUCAAGGAUUUGGAGGCUUUCAACCCAAAAGUUCUUCAGGACUUCAUACUCAUCUGCAGCCGCUACAUAGAACGUCUUCCACUGAUGUUCAUCUUUGGCAUCGCUACGUCACCCAGCACCAUCCAACACAUGCUGCCCCACUCUGUGUCCUCCCUGCUGUGUAUAGAGCUCUUCCAGUCCCUGUCCUGUACACAGCACCUGGCCACAGUCAUAGACCAGGUGAUCCUGACACAUCACUUCCCUUUUAAGCUCAACGCUAAAGUGAUGCAGGUGCUGAUCAGCAUCUUCCUCUACCACGAUUUCUCAGUAAGAAACUUCAUCAAGGGCGUUCAGUUGGCCCUGCUGGAGCACUUUCACUCUCAGCCUCUCAGCGUGCUGUGCUGUAAGAAGAAGGACGCUCUGCUUAACGUGAUGCAGCUCAGUCACAGCGAUUUGGAGAGGAUCAGGAAUCUGCCGUCCUUCAAGAGGUAUGUAGAGAAGCAGGAACCUCAGGAACAAGUGAACCUGUCUAAGGAUGACUCUCAUUUAAAGGAGGUGUGUCAGAAGCUGAUAAAAGGCCUUCACAAAUACCACAAAAACUACUAUCCCGUCCUGAGGUGUCUCCACACUCUGACCUCGUCCUUACCUCGGUACCCCCUCGGAAAACAGGUCAGAGAGCUUCACAUAACAUGUCUGGAGAAGAAUGUGUGGGAGAAUGAGGAUUACCAGACAGCCAUGAAGCUUCUCAAGAUGCUGGCUAAGGAUGAGCUGGUCGCUUUGCUACAGAGGUGUGUGGAGAUUCUGCAGCCUGUCAAGUCAAAGAAGAUGACGAACGCUUUUCUCCAGCUGACAGACCUGCUCACCAAAUUCAAGCAGCUGGACACAGUAGCUGCUGAGCCUCCCCCCUGUGUGGAAGAAGCCAUCACCUCUCCAGUGAGGAAUCUUCAAAAGAAAACAGAUCUGUUCCAGCUGCAGAAGACGCUGCUGGAGAUGAACGAGUCCCGCAGAGCCAAGAAACUGAGUCCGUUUGAGGUUCUGAGAAACGAAGCUCUCGAGUUUCUCGACAAUUUAGUGAAGAGUCAUCUGUCUCCCCCUGAGUCUCACACACUGAGUGAAGUUUGCUACUACAGCUCUUCUGCCACUGUGAGACGUCAUCUGAACGCUACACCUCGCACCUCCAUUCAGGCUGCUCUCAACAGCCCCUACUACUAUCUUCAGAAUGAGAGACUGAAGACUGUGGACGGGAGCGUCUCGAAUUCUGCUCCCGAUAUCUGCAUUGCGUACAAACUCCACCUGGAGUGCGGCAGGCUGAUUAACCUCUACGACUGGCUGGAAGCCUAUGCCACGGUGGUUUCUGCUGCUGAGGGGAACGAUCCAGAUUCUGACAAUUACGGGAAGGUGGAGGAAGUCAAACAUGCCCGUUUCAUCCGAGCUGUGUCGGAGCUCGAGUUUCUGGGUUUCAUCAAGUCCACCAAACAGAAGACGGACCACGUGGCUCGACUCACCUGGGGAGGCUGCUGACCCGAGAGUCCAAAAGGAAACCGCACAUACUUCUUUACAUACACUGGUGGCUGCUGUUUACUUACAUUUAAGCUCUAAUCACAUUUGACUUGGAUUAAUAUUUUGUAUUGUAUUUUCCCCUGAAAUAAAAUCAGUAGUGUCUGAUAAUCAUGAA